UGAGGUUUCCCAUGAACCUGGUAAAACAUCAUCGUAGACAUUAUAGAGAGAGAACACAGUGUCACUUUAGUCCUUAAAUCCAAACUCCCAAAAAAGUUCUCUCUUUCUUUUUUCCAGUGAAUGGGGAGAUGGAGAGAUUUUUCCCUUCUCCUCAAUCACAUAUCCACUGCAUCCACAAAGUGUCUCACACCUAAUAUAACUUCUCUUCCUCCCAGACUCACACCUCUCCAUCUCUCUCUUCCUUCAACUCCGACUCUUCGCGCUUUCCUCACCUCAACAAGACCCUUCUCCGCAAUCCCAUCUCGGGUCCUGGUCGAUACCACAGACUACGAUUAUGGGUACAAUAACGAGUUUGUGGCUAAGGAAGACGAGGAAACUGGAAAGAUUCCCAUUAAAGCUUACUUUCUUUGUACUAGUAUCAAUCUGAAGAGUAUGCAAGCUGAGAAUUUAAGCAACGUAGUCCCUCCUUCCUCCCGCUCAUCAAAUUAUAUUGCCCUCAGAUAUUGUGAUUUCCCUUCAGAAAAUGCUGGCCUCGGAGUCAAGGGAAGCCUGAACAGCUGUCGUUAUAUGGUUGUUUUCCAGUAUGGAUCUGCUGUUCUAUUUAAUAUUGAGGAUCAUGAAGUUGAAACUUACCUGGACCUAGUUAGAAGACAUUCUUCUGGAUUGCUUCCAGAGAUGAGGAAAGAUGAUUAUGCUGUAAAAGAGAAGCCACUGUUAGAUGAGGACAUGAAGGGAGGGCCAGACUACAUCGUUCUCAAAACUUUGGAUACUGAUGGUGUCCGUAUUAUUGGAAGCGUGCUUGGCCAAAGCAUUGCUUUGGAUUAUUUUGUUUCACAGGUUGAUGGUAUGGUUCAAGAAUUUGCAGAAAUAAAUCGUGGAAUGGAGAAAACUGGAACUUUUACCAUGGAUAAGAAGAAGCUCCUUCAACUUGUUGGGAAGGCUAAUUCCAAUCUAGCUGAUGUAAUCCUCAAAGUUGGUCUUUUUGAUAGAUCUGAUAUUGCCUGGAGGGAUGCAAAAUAUGCCCAAAUAUAUGAAUAUCUUCGGGAGGAGUAUGAGGUGACUCAACGCUUUGGGAAUUUGGAUUUUAAAUUAAAAUUUGUAGAGCAUAACAUUCAUUUCCUUCAAGAAGUCCUCCAAAACAGGAAGUCAGAUCUCUUGGAAUGGUGCAUCAUCGGCCUAUUGACGAUUGAGAAUUGCAUAUCAAUAUACGAGAUUGUUCGUGAUUCAAAUGCAGUUCCUCUUUAAUUUUGCAAGCAGAUUAGGAAACUUGUAACAGUUAAUUCAAGUAAUAGCAAAAUUCAAUCAAUUGAUUGAGCAAAUCCAUUCAUUAUUUGUCUAUGCAAUAAGUAUUCUUACAUUGCCAUCGGAAAUUGUCUAUUCCCCAUUCUAUUAUACUGAUUUUACAAAUAUAGAGAAAUAGAAACUAAAAUUGUAAAAUUAUUGGAACAGCAACAAAGGGAACUGAUGGUUGAUAAUGUGUUGUAUUCAGAUUUCUAUAUUGAGGAGCAGUUCAUUUUCGAACUA